AUGAAACGAAACAGCGCUCGCAACAUGUCAUCCCCAAGAACCCCUAGCAGCGAUGGUUUGAGCAACCGUUACAGCUCCUACCAGCAAAACGGCUCCUAUGUUCCUCCAGCACAACAGUACGCAGAGAAACAGACAAACACAAUUUCAGAUACGGUCAAAACGCAGUAUGAAGCUGAAAAUACUGCAAAUGCCGUUCUGCAGCAAUUGAAUGCCCAACGACAGCAAAUUCAGGGCGCGAAUGAGGAUGUGUGGGAUAUGCGAAACGCUACAGACGAGACAAAGAGAGAACUUCGGAAUUUGCGAGAAAAAUACCGGGCGAGAAAAAGAAAUCUGUACAUUUACAUUGCGAUCCUUGGGACUGUCGAUCUACUUCUGUUUCUACGACUUCUUCGAUGCGGGGGAAGUUUCUUUUGCCGACAACGAUAUCACUAG